UGGUCAGUCUAAGAGAUUGCUGUGAAUUGAAAUCUGAAUAAGUACCUUUAACAGCUCUAACACCUUUUGUUCUGUUUUCACACCUCUGAGGGCACUUUUCCUGUACUUGCCAUGGCUGAGUCUCCACAAAACAAUUGUUAUGGCUCUGCACUGAGACCAACAACAGAAAGGCAUGGGACAGAACCUCCAAAUGUCACCACUGAUCAGAUGUUGGACAAUCUGAAUGUAUAUUUGGACAAAAGGCUGGGACUGAGGAAGUGUCAUGAUGACAUGUGCCAGAGGUACAGCAUUAAGCACUCAGAGAGUGGACAAUGGGCCUUGCCGGACAUUAAAAGGGCUUAUGGAAAGACACAGCGCUUAUGGACAAACACCAAGAAAGAUGGACUGUCUGUGGUUUUGGUCAAACAAAUUCUACAACAUCUGCAGAAGUGUAAGACUGACAAAUUACAAUGUGAGAUCAAAGCAGAGAAAGCAAAGGUUCGAGCACUGGCUGAACAAUUGCAGAUUGUAAAAGAAGACAAAGAAAGACUGUUACAUGAGAAUGACAAGUUGUUGAAUUUGCUCUCCAAACGACUGGAAUCAAAAUCUUCAAGCAGCUCAGUUGACAGUGAUGUUGAAUCUUUAAUCAACACAUGUGUUCAGGCUACAAGGAACACAAAGGUUAGACUUGCUCCUGUUAUCGUUAAGAACAGACGGACUGAAGUUGAAAUUGACAAUGAGGAGGAGUAUGAGGAGAAUGGUGAACAACGAACUCGCACUGUAAAAAAGUUUGUAAAGAAAUAUGUUCCAUACAGAACAUACCAGCCAGCUACUCCAGAACAAGUUGACAAAUGGUCAAAAGAAUUGCCAGACGUGUACAAGCAACCACGGAGAGUUUGGCAAUUUCUUCAACGCUUGCAGAAAAUCUACAAUUUACAUCCACUAGACGGAGUGAUGAUUGUUAAUGUGAACUUAAGAGACAAUGACCAAAAGAGACUAACAGAAAGUGCUGAAAGAAAGAUUGGUGAGUCUCAAGAAAACAUUGAGGAUGGAUGGGAAGCAGUGCAAACUUUCUUGUUUGAACUGAAACCUGUAGAGGUUAAUUGGGCUAAAAUUACCUCUUGCAUGCAGAAGACAAGAGAAAGUGUUGCAGAGUUUGAAGAACGCUUCAGGCAAACUUGGAUGGAACAUGCUGGUGUGAACAACAACAGUGAAGAUCUCAGUAAAGAUACUAGCAUGCCUCUUAAAGCCACAUUUGUGAAUGGACUGAAACCUGAGAUUUCUGAAGCUCUUAAAAUCAAGUAUGAUGACUGGAACAGCAUUGCAACAACAUUCAUCCAGAUUGUUGAAUGGUCAGCAAAGACUGAAAGAACACAGGACGUCAAACUCAGAGCUUUGCAAUCCAAAACCUUGUAUAAUAACAGGACAACGGGGUAUAAAAAAGGUAAAUAUCAGAUACACUCACAAACCAAAUCUCAAGGAAGGUGCAGGAAUUGCAACGAGCAAGGACACUGGGUUUGUGAUUGCAAGAUGAGCUUAAAACAUCAAAGUAAUGAUGAGGACAACCUAUUGAAGAGGUUUCAGCAGUUGACAGCCAAACAAAAACAGACUCUGCUAAAUGCUGUGGAGCCGCAGGGAAACUGA